ACUCUUUGAGAGGCGUUGCCGCACACCAACCACUCAAGGAUUAUAUACCCGCAGCUGGUCACGCAUUUCCACACAUUGCGCAUUUUUGCUCUACCCACAGCAUCGUUAUUCUCAACGAGUUCCCGCAUAACAGCGAAAUAAACUGAAACUAUGGCCAAUUACAUCCACGUCCCCGACGAGGCUCCCGCUGUGCCCAAAAUAGAUGUGACAGUUGACGAGUGCGACUACAGACCCGGCGCACUGAAGCUGAUCAAGGAGCUGAGACCAAGCUGGAAGCCAUCUGAGGUCAAAAUGAAGUUCUUCACAGAUGGUAUAACCAACAAGCUACUUGGAUGCUAUGUAGGUGCAGUCAUGCAGGAUGUAGUUCUGGUCCGUAUUUAUGGCAACAAAACAGAACUGUUGGUUGACAGGGAAAAUGAAGUGAAAAGUUUCAGAGUACUACAUGCACACCGAUGCGCCCCUCGCCUCUACUGCACCUUCAACAAUGGCCUGUGUUAUGAAUUUCUGCAAGGAACUGCCCUGGAGCCCGAACACAUCCGCAGUCAGCCUGUUUUCAGGCUAAUUGCCCGGCAGCUGGCCAAGUACCACGCCAUCCAUGCCCACAAUGGCUGGGUGCCCCAGUCUGACCUGUGGCUAAAGAUGGGGAAGUACUUCGCUCUCAUCCCCAAGUACUUUAAAGACCCUGAAAGAAACAUAAGGUUGACCACAGAGGUUCCAAGCCCACAGUGCCUCCGAGAAGAGCUGGUGUGGCUCCAGCAGAGCUUGUCAAUGCUGGGCUCCCCCGUUGUUCUCUGCCACAAUGAUCUGCUCUGCAAGAACAUCAUUUAUAACCAGGACGGAGGCAAUGUAAAGUUCAUUGACUACGAGUAUGCUGGGUACAAUUACCAAGCCUACGACAUUGGGAACCACUUCAAUGAGUUUGCUGGCCUGAAUGAGGUGGAUUAUAGUCACUACCCAGGGCGAGCCUUUCAGCUGCAGUGGCUUCGCUCCUACCUGGAGGCGUAUAAGGAGCACAAAGGCCAGGGCAGUGAAGUGACUGACAGAGAGGUGGAGGUUCUUUAUGUCCAAGUCAACCGAUUUGCCCUGGCGUCUCAUUUCUUCUGGGGUCUCUGGGCUCUGAUUCAGGCCAAGUUCUCCACCAUCGACUUUGACUUCUUGGGAUAUGCAGUGCUGCGCUUUAACCAGUACUUCAAGAUGAAACCGGAGGUGGCUGCUCUGAACUUACCCAAAUAGAAGUCCCUACCCCCUUCCAUUUUCUCUUCCUUUUGCCCUUCCUCCCUUCCACCUCUGCUCUGCACCUCACAUGAUGACUGCAUAGCACCCUCUAGAGGUCUUUGUAGGGAAGAGCCAGACUGAGAGUCUGACCUGUUCUGUGCAUACAGGUCCUUUUUACAUGAUAUUAUUGCCAUAGACUGAAUGGACCACAAUCUUCUCUAUUAUUUGCUGUCACACCUUGUUUUGACAAGGAGUAGCUCAGUUCUAUUGUAGUAUAUGGGCACAUGUGAUGUAGAAUCCAAGUCCUGCCAUAAUGAGAAGACCACAUGGCUAAGUCUAACUUGGAUAAUUCUGCUUCAGUCGAUGAUCAUCUAGGAUAUUGACAUAACAUCAAUGGAUUGUUAAAUCAAAGUCACUAUAAACUGUAAAAUAGAGGUGUGGUGUCAGCAGAUUCACAGCUGACACAGAGCAUCCACCUGCGUGACAGGCUGGUAGCUUGAACACUAAUCUGAUUGUCUAGAGUAGGGACAUCUUUAGACAAUCACACGCACAGUCGUUGAAAAACCCCCUUAGGGCCAGCCCAGCUAUUGACCAAAUUCAUAAUGACAAAAGAGCAAUACAAAGGCUGCUCUGUUUACUGAGGAGCAAAGCUGAAACUUAAAAAAAGCACAGAAUGGAGAGGCCAGUGUUGUCUUUGUGACAUGAACCACACCAAGGGGGGGAAAAAACUUGCGGCCCGUCUUGUGACUUUAGUGUUUUCACCCUUAUUUUUCUCAGCAUAUUUUCAUGGAUGGUGUGCAAAUAUAGCCAUGUAGUCAUUAUUGCUGUGUAGUUUUAUGAGGGUUUGUGUGUUUUGGCUUUCUAGACUGGAGGCAGUAACAUGCAGUCGCAGGAGAGCAUCUUGUGUUUACAUCCAUCCCUUCCCCACAAGUUCAACACAUGUAUGUCACUAAACAGGCAUUUGACUUGUGGGAGAUUUUCACUGUAAUGUUUCUAUUUAUGUAAACUUUUGUUUAAAUCUUGAUAGGGGUCAAACUUUCAUCUCACUGUAAUUUGAACAUUCCAUGUUCAUAUAUAAGAAAGAAAUUUGGUUCUAGGUCACACUGAAAGUCAGGAGCAUUGUUUUUUUUUUUGUAUUGUUUUUGUUUUGUUUUUUUUUUCACUGAAAUAACAGUAAGCCAUGCUGUCAUAGAUCAUUAUAUUAUGUGCUUCAUGUUAGGGAAAGUUUGGGAAUCAUCAUUAUCACAAAACACUGCUGUUCAAUCCUAGUAAAUUUAGGAAUGAACGUUUUAUAUUUAUGUAGCCCACUUUUUUUAUUCACAUAUUUAUGUUGUUCAAACAAAAAUGAGCCAUGGCCUUACUGACUGUCAGAUUGAGCCGCUGUUGGCAUUUAUCAUUUUAAGUGCCUGAUGUCAAAAAGAACGUUUGUAGAAAAGUGUGGAGUUUUGGGUAAAAGGAAGUGAAUUUGAUAAGUUUGCGUCAGUCAACUUGCUGAAGUUAAUCUGUUUUAGUCAAGGACUGUCAAGAAUGUCAUGUAUCAGUGGGACAAGAGGUGCAAGAGCACAAUCUGCUGAAUGAAAAAGAAACAGAAUGACAGCAGUUGUCAGCCACUGUUAUUGAUAUUCACCUUUGACUUUUCACCACCUGAUUUUGAAAUGUGACGCAUGGAAAAACUAAAACUACUUUUGGUUACAAAAGCCUACACCAAAGUGCUGACAUCACUUUUUUGCUUGUACAUAAUGCACACUCAUUUCCAUGUAGCACUAAAAGAAUAAGAAAAUCAUUAUGUAGACUUUUAACAAUAAGGUUUUUAUACGUAUUUAAGUGUAAAAGUUAAGGCCAAGGUCUUUGAGGCAGUAACAGCAGUGGUGGAUUUUUGGGUCAGUAUAAAUUAAUAUAAAUGAAUGAUCGGAAUUAAGUAUAUUUUACACCAAAUUCUAAGUGCCAGUUCUGACAGCUGGACUUUAAAGCAUUUGCUAUUAAUAUAUUUGCCCCGAUUCUCUCUGCUGUUACAUGUAUGCAAAGCUCCAUGAAGAGGCCAUUGCUGACAUGACCAGAGGCUCUUGCUUUCACUCCAGAACAGUAGAAAUGAAGAUGUAGACACUGCAGCACGUGCCUGUCAAAGCUCUUAUUUUGUACUGAAAUUGUGACAUGUGAAGAUUAGGCCUAUUACUACUUUCAUGUUAUUUUGUGUCUUUGAUGCUUGUGGAUUAAAACGGAAGAACUGAGAUGUAGAUGGAGUCAGACUUUAAAUGAGAAAGAUGAGGAAUGUUAUCACUUUUUAGUCUUCCGUAAGUACAGUAUGUUUGGUAGCAAAUGGUUGUGGUGUUUGUUACAGGUUUGAAACAUGACGGGAUAUGUUAAAGUGUAUGUGGACGAUUUAUUUUCUGUUUGACAAAGUCUCUGGUGUUCAAGUUCGUAGACUGUCGGACUGUGUUUACACAUGGCGCGCAUACUGUACAUAAUUGCAGUUUUUCAUAUUCUACUGCCUAAUAAUCAGAAUAUUCUAAAUAUUUAAUUUACUGCUCAAAUACAUCCAGACUUUCCCCUAUUCAUAUGUGACAAAUACAUUUACUGUACAGUUAAGAUCAUCUCAGUAUGGCGUAGGUCCACAUCUAUAAUAACUCACACAGGUUUUGUAUGCAACAGUGUAAAGAAAUAUGUGCUUACAUUGUUGUGGCCGCUGUAGCAUAUGUUUAUAUGUACAGUAAACAAAUGUAAUAAUAUCUUUGCUUGUUGUCAAAUGUGAAUGAAUGUACAUAGAGGGAGUACCUUUUAUUUUUUGUUUUGUUUUCUAAAAGAUGCAUUAGUUGCCUGGGCUAAGAGGUGAAAUUUAUAAUUUACAUUUUCAAUACUGUAAACAAGAUUUGGAAAAUAAAUUCUAUUUAACCUUA